AUGGUCGGCCUUGUGGCCUGGCUCACUCUGCUCAGCUUCUUCCAGCUGGCAUACUUCUUCUUCUCUCUGUACCCACUGGCAGGCUGGGACCCCACGCUCUUGUCGAAAGAAAAGUUUAAAUUCCCUACAGCUCAUCUUCUCCUCAAUCACUCAGAUGGUUUGCCGGUGAAGCGGCUUCAAUGGAUGGGGGGCGCCCAACAGGGCCGCUCCUUCGUGCAGGGGAUGGAGCUGACGGCGGGGAACCUGAAGGUCCUCCAGGGAGGCAUCUAUUACAUCUACAUCCAGGUGACCCUGAGCAACUGCUCUCUGGGCCCGGAGAGAACCUUGUCCAUCAAAGUCCACACCCCGCAGUGGUCUGCCAAGCUGCUGAGCCAUGAAUUUGGCAGAAGCUGCUCCCUCUUCAUGGGUGGCCAGUUCCUGCUCUCUUCCCAGGACGUGCUCGAAGUGGAGUGCAACUCACCUGAGGUCCCCUGGGGAGGCAGAGAUGAGACCUUCUUUGGAGCCUUCCUGGUGGACCGAGGCUCCCCCUGA